GAAUUAGAACUGGUGGAGGAUGUCUGGAGAGGGGAAGCACAGGAUCUUCUUACCCAAAUUGCACAGCUGCAGGAGGAGAAUAAACAACUGAUGACAAACUUGUCUCACAAAGACAUUAAUUUCACAGAAGAGGAAUUUCAGAAGCAUGAAGGAAUGUCAGAGAGAGAGCGGCAAGUCAUGAAGAAGCUGAAAGAAGUGGUAGAUAAACAGAGGGAUGAAAUCAGAGCAAAGGACCGGGAACUUGGACUUAAAAAUGAGGAUGUAGAGGCUCUUCAGCAGCAACAGAACAGGUUAAUGAAAAUCAACCACGACCUGCGGCACCGGAUCACUGUCGUUGAGGCUCAGGGGAAAGCGCUGAUUGAGCAGAAGGUGGAGUUAGAGGCAUAUCUGCAAACCAAGGAGCAGGAGAUGGGCAACCUGCGAGCAGAGCUGGGGAAACUGAGAGAGAAACUGCAGGGUGAGGACAGCCAAAAUGGAGAGGAAGUAAAGGCAGAACCAAACAACGAUGAUUGCCUCUCAGAGUCAGAAAAGAUGGCAAUGGACUUAAAAGAUCCAAAUCGUCCAAGAUUCACCUUGCAGGAGCUCCGAGAUGUCCUCCAUGAAAGGAAUGAAUUGAAAUCUAAAGUGUUUUUACUUCAAGAGGAGCUUUUAUAUUACAAAAGCGAGGAAACGGAAGAAGAAACUAGAUCCCCCCAACCUACACCCAUAAUUCAGCCAAAACCCUCAACUCAGCCUGAAUCUGGAAUCAAACGACUGAUCUUUACAGCCAUAAUGCCCAUGGUAGCAGCUGGAUUGAUUCCAGACGAUCCCACAUUGCAGCCAAUAAGAAGACUUGUGUCCCUUGUUUAGUUUCUUCUCUCGUGAUAAGAGACGUAUGCAGGCAUCACAGAAAAAUGUCCACUUCCAGGAUACAUUUGGAGAAUGGUCAAAUUCAAAUAAAGAUGACUCCUACACUGAACAAGGACAAGAAGCCCUGCAGCACCUGUAACUAAAACCUCGAGGGGUUCGGUUUACCGCAGUAGAACUCGACAGUCUAGUAACAAGAAGCUUCUGUAAACAAAUCCGGCAGCUCAUCACUUUUAUUUGCCUUGCACACCCCCGUGGUUGUGUUUCAGAUGUACUCUUCAAAAGGGAUCCCUCACUGUUCACUUGGGGACUGUUGGCUGAAAACAGAAUCCGAGUUUUGUAGCAACAGUCACCGAUACCCUGGGACAUCGAAGCUUCUAGAUGACUUCUUCUGUGCUGAAUAACAAGUCUAUGGUCUUGUUCAUGCAUUAACUACAGUAACACAAGCUUCUUUAA